AUGAUGCGGUCGAAGGAGCCACUCUCGGCAUAUUUUUCCACUCCUACAGAGUCUACUGAUGAGCCAUUGUGUCCCUUGUAUGACAAAGUUGAAUUCAAGGAUCCAGAUACCAGUGUUUACAUCCUUCACGAUGAUGAAUUUAGAAACAAAUCGGUCUCAAGAUUGAGUAAAGCAAUUCAAAUUCCGACCUGGAUUGACGAUGAAGGAUCAGACUUCACAAAGUUCACAAAGUUCCAUGAGUAUCUAGAGACCGAGUUCCAAAACGUCUUUGACGCAGCCAAUGUUUUCAAGGUCAAUACCUAUGGAAUUGUGUUGGAGUUCAAGGGCUCAAACUCUUCGUUGAAGCCUGCUAUGUUUGCUGCCCACCAGGACACCGUGCCUCCUGGAGAUCCUCAAAACUGGGAUAGAAGCCCAUUUAGUGGCCACUAUGAUGGAACUAGAAUCUAUGGUCGCGGCGCAAGUGAUUGUAAGAAUCUGUUGAUUGGUUUGUUGGAAUCAAUGGACUACUUACUUGCAAAGGGAUUCAGCCCCGAGAGAACUAUUAUUUUUGCAUUUGGAUUUGAUGAAGAAAGCAGUGGAAAAUAUGGUGCCUCUCACAUAAGCAAGUUCCUGUUGGAAAGAUACGGUCCAAACUCACUGUACCAUAUCAUUGACGAAGGGUUUGGCGUUUUCAUGGAACUGCAAAAUAAGCACUUUGCUAUGCUGGCCACCGGCGAGAAAGGUUACUUGGAUCUUGGAAUUGAGGUGUUGCAGCCCGGGGGACACUCUUCGAUGGCACCAGACCAUACAGCCAUUGGUACAAUGUCCAAACUGAUCAGUAGAUAUGAGGACAGAUUAUAUGAUCCUAUUCUCGUCAAUGUCAACCCAACACUGAACACUUUGCAGUGCGUAGCAGAAUAUGCAGACAUUGAUGAGAGUUUGAAGAGAGACAUUUUGAGAGCACACUUUGACGAAAAGUCCAACGAGAGAGUCAUCAAGUUGCUUUUGGAUGAUAAAAUCACUAAGUACAACGUUUUGACGACUCACGCAGCAGAUAUUAUCAACGGUGGAAACAAGGCAAAUGCUCUUCCGCAAAACGUCACUGCGCUUAUCAACCAUAGAAUUGCUCAUGGUAACGACUUUGACACCAUCAUGGAUCGAAUUACGGGGAUUGCCAUAGGUGUUGCUAGAGAGCAUGGUCUGGGAUUGGUUAUCGAGGAUGAGAUCCUUAUUGAACCUACCCUGGCAGGCUCGAUCAAUAUCAAGGCUCUUUACAAGCUUGAGGUGGCACCUGUCACGCCUAUCCACGACGAGAUUUGGGCUUCCCUGGCAGGUCAUUACAGAACUUUCUAUGAAGACAUCACUUAUCCAGAGAAGUUUGAAGAUGAUGUUCUUGUUCUUAGUGCUGGUAUCAUGACAGGCAACACAGACACUAGACACUACUGGGACCUUACUGAUCACAUAUUCAGAGGACAACCUGGAUUUACACCAAUGACCUCUGGAGUCCACGGCAACAACGAAUACAUUGAUGCCGACUCCCACUUGCACAUUGUUGCAUUUUAUUACAACUAUAUCUUAAGUAUUUCUUGA